GGGUUAAGGAGGGACAUCAUGGCCGCCCCCAGGGCGCUGCGUCCGAGGGCUUGUCAGUGGUGCGCUGACCGGUAGCUCCGCCACCGCUGCCCCGCCUUCUGCCCUCACCAGCCGAGCCUUGGUUGGACGCAGGCAGCUCUGCGAGGCGGCGGUCGGAGAGGGAACCAUGGGGACGGUGCACGCCCGGAGUUUGGAGCCUCUUCCAGCCAGUGGACCUGAGUUUGGAGGAUUAGGAGAAGAAGCUGAAUUUGUUGAAGUUGAACCUGAAGCUAAACAGGAAAUUCUUGAAAACAAAGAUGUGGUGGUUCAGCACGUUCAUUUUGACGGGCUCGGAAGGACUAAAGACGAUAUCAUCAUGUAUGAAAUUGGAGACGUUUUUAAGGCUAAAAACCUUAUUGAGGUAAUGCGGAAAUCUCACGAAGCCCGUGAAAAACUGCUUCGUCUGGGAAUAUUUAAACAAGUAGAUGUUCUGAUUGAUACAUGCCAAGGCGACGACGCCCUUCCAAACGGGCUGGACGUUACUUUUGAAGUCACCGAGCUGAGGAGGCUGACGGGCAGCUACAACACCAUGGUCGGGAACAACGAGGGCAGCAUGGUGCUUGGCCUCAAGCUCCCCAAUCUUCUGGGCCGGGCGGAAAAAGUGACAUUUCAGUUUUCCUACGGAACCAAAGAAACAUCCUACGGCCUGUCCUUCUUCAAACCACAGCCUGGAAACUUCCAAAGAAACUUCUCCGUGAACUUAUACAAAGUCACCGGACAGUUCCCGUGGAGCUCCCUCCGGGAGACGGACCGGGGCAUCUCUGCGGAGUACAGCUUCCCCAUAUGGAAGACCAGCCACACCGUCAAGUGGGAGGGCGUGUGGCGGGAGCUGGGCUGCCUCGCCAGGACAGCGUCCUUUGCCGUCCGGCAGGAGAGCGGCCACUCCCUGAAGUCGUCGCUUUCGCACGCCAUGGUCAUCGACUCUCGGAACUCCUCCAUCCUCCCCAAGAGAGGCGCCUUGCUCAAAGUUAACCAGGAGCUGGCCGGCUACACCGGAGGCGACGUGAGCUUCAUAAAGGAAGACUUCGAGCUUCAGCUGAAUAAGCAGCUUGUACUUGAUUCAGUUUUCUCAGCGUCUCUCUGGGGUGGAAUGCUGGUGCCCAUCGGUGAUAAACCAUCAAGUAUUGCUGAUAGGUUUUACCUCGGGGGACCCACGAGUGUGCGCGGAUUCAGCAUGCACAGCGUCGGGCCGCAGAGUGAAGGAGACUACCUGGGCGGAGAGGCGUACUGGGCUGGCGGCCUGCACCUGUACACCCCGCUGCCGUUCCGGCCAGGCCAGGGUGGCUUCGGAGAACUUUUCAGAACACACUUUUUUCUCAACGCGGGAAACCUCUGCAACCUCAACUACGGGGAGGGCCCCAGAGCUCACAUCCGUAAGCUGGCCGAGUGCAUCCGCUGGUCGUACGGGGCGGGGAUCGUGCUCCGGCUGGGCAACAUCGCGCGGCUGGAGCUCAACUACUGCAUCCCCAUGGGCGUGCAGGCGGGCGACAGGAUAUGUGACGGCGUCCAGUUUGGAGCUGGGAUCAGGUUCCUGUAGCCGCGGCAGAGCGCCCUCCAGCCCCGCGGAGCGGCUCCGGGGCUUGGGCGGCAGUGAGUCGCUCACACCGCACACGGGCUCUCCACGCAACACGCUGAGCGAAUCUCUCACCGUCGCCCUUGUGGGAGUCCGUGUCAAUAAAUUUUCAAGACAAAC